AUGCCGGGCCUCGUUUCAGCGACCGGAGUGCUGGCUUUCCUGGCUGACGAAGAGCCGGAGCUCAAGGUUUUUGCCCUCAAGACUCUCAACGAUGACAUUGAUACCGUUUGGACCGAGGUCGCAGGCGCAUUGAGCCAGAUUGAGGCGUUGUACGAAGAUGAGAGCUUCCCCGAGCGUCGACUCGCCGCGCUUGUGCUCGCCAAGGUCUACUUCCACCUCCAAGACUACAAUGAGAGCAUGACAUUUGCGCUUGCCGCCGGCCCUCUCUUUAAGCUUGAUGCGCCGGGCGAGUUCGAAGAGACCAUCAUCUCCAAGUGUGUUGACCAGUAUAUCGCUGUGUCAUCAUCGCGCCACACCCCCGCCAACCAAUCGAAGCAUGACGUUGCGCUGCCCGCCCUUGCCACCACUUUUGGUAGCGGUUCGCUCGACGGUUCGGCUUUGAUCUCGCCCACCACUCCCUUUUCCCAGUCGAUGCUACCUUCCAAGUCUCUUCUCUCCCGUGACUCGGUCGACAACACCAUCCUGGACCCUUCCUUCCAGCCGACCAAGGAGGGGCGCUCCGCUUCGGUGGCCCAAAUAACAGACAGCACCACCUGGACGGCCCUGGAGAACGUCAUUGAGCGGCUAUUCGAGAGCUGCCUGGCCGAGAGAAAGUAUCGGCAAGUGGUCGGUAUUGCUGUGGAGGCAAAGAAUUUGAGCGUUCUCCGCAGGGUUAUCAAGCGGGCUAUCAAAGAAGGGGAGCGGGACAAGACGAAGUCGCAAGAGGCCGAGGAGUUGAUGGACUAUGCGCUUAGCGUUUGCAUGGACAUCGUCCAGGAACGUGGUCUCCGGACCCAGAUUCUGCGUCUGAUCCUUGACCUCCUAAACGAGCUCCCGAAUCCGGAUAUGUUCGCCAUCGCCAAGUGUGUUGUUUAUUUGGACUCGGCUGAGGAAGCCUCCUCAUUGCUUCUUGAGCUCAUCCUCAACAGCAAAAGCAGCGAGAUCCCGGUUGCUUACCAAAUUGCCUUUGACCUCUAUGACAACGGAACACAGGAGUUUCUGGCAAAGGUGAUCAAGGCUCUGCCCACGCCGAAACAGCCGGAAGCGGAGCAGAGAGCCGAGAGCGCCGAGGGUGCCGCUGAGUCCGAGGCUCUCCUUCAAAAUGAGGAGAGCGACGUGGCCGAGGAUCACGUCGAAAUAUUCAAGAACGUUCGGUCAAUUCUCGAUGGAAGCGCUACAAUCAUGCUCAACUUGGAGUUCCUUUACCGCAACAACCAUACCGACUUGAGCAUUCUCAACAAGGUACGCGACAGUCUAGAAGCCCGCAAUUCCAUUUUCCACACCGCCGUCACGUUCUGCAACGCUUUUAUGAACGCGGGAACUACGCACGACAAGUUCUUUAGAGACAACCUCGAGUGGUUGGGUAAGGCUGUCAACUGGUCGAAGUUCACCGCGACUGCUGCGCUCGGCGUUAUCCACCGUGGAAAUACUAGCCAAUCCCGGAAGCUACUCGAGCCGUACCUGCCCAAGCAAGGUGGUGUGUCCAGCGGUUCCAUCUUUAGCCAGGGUGGUGCCCUCUACGCCUACGGUUUGAUUCACGCGAACCACGGCGCCGAGGCGCUGGACUACCUCCGGACCAUGUUCAACGCUGCGGACGAGGAAGUUAUCCAGCAUGGCGGGGCUUUGGGUCUCGGUAUUGCCGGUAUGGCUUGCGGUAACGAGCAAAUCUACGAGGAUCUGACUAAGGUGCUCUUCGCGGAUUCUGCCCUUAACGGCGAGGCUGUUGGCUUGGCCGUUGGCCUCAUCAUGUUGGGGACCGGAAAUGCCAAGGCUCUCGAGACCAUGUUCACCUACGCCCACGAGACGAGUCAUGAGAAGAUUGUCCGCGGGUGUGCUCUCGGCAUGGCGCUCAUUAUGUAUGGGCGGCAAGAAGGGGCAGAUAGCAUGAUCGAGGGUCUCUUGAACGACCCCGACCCGACACUGCGGUAUGGCGGUAUCCUCACAGUGGCCAUGGCCUAUUGCGGGACGGGAAGCAACAAGGCUGUCCGGAAGCUCCUGCAUACCGCCGUCAGCGAUGUCAACGACGACGUGCGCCGGAUCGCUGUCAUGAGUCUCGGCUUCAUCCUCUUCCGGAAGCCUGGCAGUGUUCCUCGCAUGGUCGAGUUACUUGCCGAGUCAUACAACCCUCACGUACGGUAUGGCUCUGCUAUGGCCCUCGGCAUCGCAUGCGCCGGUACCGGGCUGGACGAGGCCAUCGAUCUGCUUGAGCCGAUGAUGAAGGACCCGACGGACUUCGUCCGACAGGGCGCGCUCAUUGCGCUGUCUAUGAUCAUGGUACAGCAAAACGAGGCCCUGAACCCGAAAGUCACCGCGAUUCGAAAGACCCUGAAGAAAGUGGUCGGUGACCGCCACGAGGACGCCAUGACCAAAUUUGGUGCAGCCCUUGCCCUGGGUAUCCUUGAUGCUGGCGGUCGGAACUGCACUAUCGGCCUCCAGACGCAGACGGGUAACCUGAACAUGGCAGGUAUUGUUGGGAUGGCUGUCUUCACUCAGUAUUGGUACUGGUUCCCGUUCACCCACUUCCUUUCCUUGAGCUUUGUGCCCACGUCGAUCAUCGGCCUCGACCCCGACCUCGAGAUGCCCAGCAUCAAAUUCCACUGCGCCGCACGCCCAAGCCUGUUUGACUAUCCCCCUGAGCAGGAAGUCAAGGUGGAGGAGGGACCCUCCUUGGUUACGACUGCCAUAUUGUCAACCACGGCCCAGGCGAAGCGCCGCGCUCAGAAAAAGGAGCGCGCGCAGCGUCGCGAAAGCAUGGACAUUGACACCCCCACUGUCACCAAGGCACCUGCACCGGCUGGCGACAAAAUGGAUGUUGACGAUGAGAAGAAGCCCAAAGUGGAGGAGUCGAAGGAGAACGAGGGCGACGUGGUGGUGGAAAAAGAAGGCUCGGCGGGCUCGGACUCGAAGAAGAAGGUUGAGAAGGAGAAGGUCGGCUUCCCGGCCGGGCGCUACAAGCCGCCUACCGGCGGCCCAAUUCUUCUCCACGAUACGCGAGCCGGCGAACCUAAGGAGCUGAUCGAGGAGAAGCUGAAGAAGGUCACCACCGAGCGUGCCCCUGUGGCGGGCGCUGCGGCCCCUGGUACCACCCCGCGCAACGCGGCGCAGUCGCUGCUUUCAAAUUGGUCCUCGCGGGCGAUGACCGGCGCCGGCGCCAGCAACAUCCAGGACUUGAACGACCUGCUCCAGCUUACGGCGCGUGGAGCACAAGAACGUGCGGCCGAAGUUGGUAGCGGAGCCGCGGCCGCCGCGGGCGUGCUGACUGCAGUGGAUGAGGACAACGAGGGUGACGAGGAGGCACCUGCUCCAGCGGACUUCGAGUACUUUACGGAUGCCGAGGAGGAUGAGGAAUAA